AUGCCGCCCGGUCGCGCCCGAGAUCAUCGCGUGACGACGAGCGACGACGCGAAUUCGUCGUCCAAAAAAGCGAAAAAGUCGAGUGGCGGCGGCUCGAACGAAACGAACGUCGUUCGUGCGUCCGCGACAGGCGACGGCGACGGCGCGGACGCGUCGAUGGGCACGGGACGAGAGGUGGCGAUGGACGUCGCGUGCGCGAGCGAGCGAGCGGCGCUGGAGGCGACGCUCGAUCCAGCGACGCAGCGCAGAGAACACGGACGGGCAAGGAAAACGCUCAACGCCUCGAUCGGCGUCGCGACGCGCACUGCGGAUGAAUUCGCUAGACGCGCGCUCGAGUCGGCGCGGGAGGCGACGACGAGUGGGCGGACGUCGACAGAGGUGUUGACGGCGACGACGGUUUCGGCUCGUGUGUUCGCGGCGGCGCCGCGUUUGGAAUUCGAGGCGAGGUGCAUCGAGAAGAUGAGGACAGAAGAUGUUUUAGAGUUGGCAAUCGCGCGUGGAUUCGACCUGGUGACGCAGGAGGCGCGAGAGGGGAUGAGGACGACGCCCGCGGACGCAGACGUUUUGGCUGAGAGUGCAGCAUUGGCGUACACGCUGACAAAACGAGUAGACAACAUCAACGCCUUGACGGCGAUGUUAUCUGCAUUGUUUCGGUACUUGACGCUCGAGCGCGCGCCGUCAAGGGACGCCGCUGUCACGGCAGGCGUCACCCUAGCAUUGGCACGAGCGAACGACGGCGACGUUCUCCAGGCGUUUGAGGACAUUUUUUUCGAUCACGACUCGUCGAUUGCCGCGAUCAGUGGUGCAACCGUGAUGAAAACGAAAAAUGUGGAGUGUUCCAAUGAAAUUCUUUCGAGUUUCGGCGCUCUCGCGCUGCUUCGUGGCUUCGCUGUCAUCGUCGAACCUGAAGCGCUCACGAAUCACCGGCGGGGUGCGUUUAUUUUCGAUAAUGUAUUACCGCGGUUGUGUUCCUUGAUCGAAAGCGCUGGCGACGUACAUUACAGAUAUCACGCCGUGUCAUGCCUGCGUGCGGUUUUAGAGAAGGUCAAGGAUGCCAUGAUGGGUGGUUCGUCGGUCGUGCCGCAUGAUGCCUUUGAACGCGUCGCGUCAACCAUUUCCUCACUCUGGGAAGACAGCCUCACACAAACCGUCCGAGAAGGACAGACGUGUUUCCGUCUCUUACUCGACAUCGCUCCAUCGGUGCGCGGCGACGCUGAAACGCAUGACAUCGACUACGUGGAUCGUAUAGUGGAGCGAACAAUGCAAAGACCAGUUGAGCAAAAGAGUAAGUACCUCGCGCUGCAGGUUCUUGUUGAGAAAGUGGGCGCCAGAAGGAUACUAGCUGCCGAGCCGAACGUACUGGCGAACACUCUAGGUGCUAUGCGUCAGACAGCCAUCUCGAGCGCGGCCUCUACCGCGCUCGACGAUUUGUCCGCCGUGUACUUGAAAGAGCUCGCAUCGGUUGACAAGUGGCGUCAAUGGUGGCUACCCAUCGUGAAGGAAAGCAUUUUGGUCGACGAUAGAGCGACUGUGGUGACAUACGUCUUGCCCAUAUUCAUUAAAAGAGAUAUUGAAUCGAUUUUCGAUCUGACAAAGUGUCUUGUUGACGAAGCGAACGAGAAGAAGAACGAUAUACGGUUGUGUUCGGCGGUAGUGUCUGUGCUCAAGGUGGCGCGAAGUCUGCAACUGGUGGAUCCCGAUCACAUCGUUGUCAUCAGGGCCGGUAAGAACGAUCGAGAGUACGCGGUAGAGCAGAACGUGAUUGAGCGAGCGAUGGUGUGCGCUGAUAAGAGCACUCGUCUGGACGUACUCGAAUGGCUCUGCCUUGAAGGACGCAAAGGACAGGCAACCGUCGCUCUGCCUGGAGAGUAUGAACUUGAGCUCUUGCAGCGCAUGAUCGCUUCCAACCUCAAAGGUGAGACCGUGGCGUUUCGUAACGCUCUCGUCACGUCUGUUUCGAAGGUAUUCGCCAGAAUAUGGGUCGGCGUGAAUCAUGUCGGUCAGAAGUUGCGCCGACGGGGCGAGGCAGCUCUGAAGAACGGUGCUCAGAAGGUUGGAGAAGUCGACGCACUGAAAGCACACGUCCAAAAAGCGCAACGAGCGCACGUGUUCAUGUCAGAUAUAGUUCGAGUAUUGUUCUCAAACUUAUAUCCCGGCGCACCGUAUGAGCGGCGCUGCACCGCGCUCGAGCUGCUCAACUCUGUCGUGGAAUCAUGGAAGUCGUAUGGUGAUAUCUCGGGCAGAAACAACGAUCUCAUCAUCGCGAAGCAACUACUGAGCUCUCCAUACUCCGUGUUCAUGCAAGACGAGGCUUAUACGAGCUUGCUCAUGGGUGCACUCGUCGAUAGUUGGGAAAAGAUGCGCAUGACGGCGUUCAAACUGUUGCGACGGCACGCAUCGCCUCUUGCCGGUAUUGAAACGCCAGAGAAGCUGGCGAAGCAACUUGAGUGGGCUUUGGAGCUUCUGCACUCGCCUCGCGUGAGAGAAAGUGGCGCAGCUGCCCUCAUGAUUCGUUUGCUCAUUCAUAAGUACAUCUUCGAAUUGAACUGGAACAUUGAGCUGAGUCCACACGUUCGCGUCGCGCAGGGACAUCAGGGAGAGAAUCGAGACAGCACUAAUCUUCAAGUGCUCAAGAUGCUGUGUGAUUUGCUCGAACAAGACAUUUAUGCCGCCGAGCAAGAUAUCAUCGAGGGAUGCCGACGUUGCCUGGCGCACGGCGCCAUUCUUCUUGCGAAGUACACGCUCUGUGAUCUCAAUUUUAAAGGUGACACGCGCGAACACACACAGGAUGCCAUGAAUCGUAUGAUGACUCUCAUGGAACGAGCCACCCACAUGGCGUUAGACUUCAUCAGCCAGCCCGAUGCGUUGGGCGCGACCGCAGAAGAGGUCAUCCUCCAAUCAGACGACCAAUCCAAUAUUAACGACGAUAUGGAGGAAUUGCUUGAUCUCGCUCCCAAGGCGCAAAUCAUAACCACCGCGUGCUGGCUAACGGUGAAGGAGAUAAGUCUACUCACUGGGGAGGUGAUGAGUGCACCAGACACAGCGGAUCUCUUCUCCUUUGACGUCGUGAAAGCAGUCGGUGAACGUCUCAUCAGCGUGCUUUUCACUGUUAAACACACUGGUGUGUUAGCGAGAACGCGCAUCGGUCUGACGGCGCUUUGCGCUUGUUUGAUGCGAAACAGCUCGAACGCGCUAAAGGCGUUACCUGAAACCUGGUUGAACGGGCUCUUUGACCAGUUGAAUCGUCCGGAACAGGGUAUUCGCGAUCGUGUGCGCCGUUCUGCGGGCUUACCGUAUGCUUUCAUGGCAAUCCUUCUCGCUGAACCAAAAGGUCAACCUAGGGUGGCUCUCGAAAGCGCGUUGCCGAAACUACUCGACAUAGCGUGUGGUGAGACAAGUACGUCGGAUAUUCCUCGUGUACAUGCGUUCAAUGUGGUUCGAGUCAUCUUUGCAGAUAAAGAUCUGAGCGUAGACACAACUACGCACGCGUCGCGUGGAGUACAAGUGUGCAUCGAUGCAUUUUCAUCGCAGACGUGGGAGAUCAAAAAUGCCGCAACACUUGCUUACUCGUCGCUUCUGACCAAGGUGUGCGGAUACAUUAACACGGUGACGCGACAGCGAAUGUUCACCUCAGACGGUCGUCACGAAGUUAAACUUGCAGACUUCGCGCGACGAUAUCCCACCUUGAUGGGUCACUUGCUUCGAGAGCUGGAAGUAGCGACGGCAACGCUGCACUUGCCGACAGCUGUGGACGUGCACCCCAGCUUGUACCCGAUAUUGGCGUUAUUUUCUCGGUUGAGACCAAGUCUAGAGCGAGACUUACACUCGAGUGGAGAUAAAUUCAUCGCUACUAUACGUCGAUGCGUGUCCGGAAAGUAUCUCGCGGUGCGGACGAUGGCGGCACGUGCGCUCGUACCACUUUUAUCUUCCACGCGUCUGUGCGAGUAUAUAGAAGAUAUUCUUGAACUAAGGUCACUCGUUGCCCCUGGUCUUAACGCAGUACAUGGUGCGUUAUUAUGCGUUCUAGAGAUUAUCAAUGAAGUUCGAAGCUCGACGUACGCUGAAGAUGUGUGUUGGUCUGACUUUGUCGACGGCGUGUCCAGACGACUGAUCUCUUUCGCUGGAAUCGCCGUGACAUCUCGAUCUCCGUUGAUAUCCGCGACGUGGCUAAGAUGUGCUGAAGCGACGUUAUCCGUGGCAAACUCAUGCCAGAAAUGCUCGCGAACCGGAUGUGCCUGUGCCGGUAGCGCGAGCUUUGAGCAAAUCGGCGGAUUGACACGAAUGAUAUGGCAGUGCUCCGCGCCCGUUCUCUCUUCAAGGGCUGCUGGACACCCAGGUUCUUCUGAGUGGAACAAGGCAGCUGCAGGCGUGCGCGUUCGACUCGCAGUUGGUUACGACUCUUGGUCUGUCCCUCUCAACGCUCACAUUCGCGCGCUUCUGGACACAGGCGACGUGGAUGUUGCUCUUCACGAUACGUUAUCACAAGAUCUGGCGUAUGAAUAUCGCGCUGAGGCAUACAAAGUGAUGUUCAAGAUGCCUCAUGAUGACAGCAUCUCGCAUAUGACAAUGAGGAAGCUACGGCAAGCAGCGGCUGCAAACUUAUCGUCGGAAACUCGGCACAGCUGCGCUCGUCGUACUUUACAAUGUAUCGAUUUGUGGUCGAGUUUGUGCGAUGUAGGAGACGCAGAUGAUGAGCGAGCUGUCUGGCGUGCCGUUCGAGAGGUGGCGUUCGAGGACGUAAAUGAACGCGUUCGAUCAGAGGGGUUGCGUUGCCUGGCACGUCUUUGCAAACGACGUCUCGCGGUUGACGCGGACGAAAUAAUAAACACGUCCGGCGAGCUGGACCAGUUUGUCCGCACAAUUUUUGUCGGUUCUACUCCAUCUAUGUCCGAUGAAACUCGGUGCUCGGCAGUGGACGCGCUGGCUCGCAGUGAGCUGUUGUGCCAUCUUACUUCAUCAACCGUUAGAGACGACCGGGCGGGAGAGCUCGCUUUAUUAACCUGGAAGUGCGCGUUGGCUCUCAUUCAAGACGAAGACGCGGACAUUCGAACCAAAGCCGCGAGAGCGGUCUCAUGUGCGUUGCCGCCUUCGGCGCCACAUGCGCACACAGCAGUAAUCAUCAGCCAUGUGUUCUCUCACAUGCACGCUGAGUUCGGUCGAUUCGACGCGUUCAGGAAGUAUAUCAUCGAAAUCGCCGCCGGUGAGGCGUACGAUGAGCCUCGUUUCGCUACGUUGAUCGCGAACGCUACCACCGUUCGCCGUCUCUUCGACAAGGAGGCGGACAAUCCUUAUGCGGAGCCUUUGGAAAUGGCGUACUCGGCGGCAUCACAAAUUGAAAAUGACUUCGACGCUCAGACCGCUUCUCACGCGCUCGAGCGCGUUCUAGGAACGCUCGAUUGCAUGAAGAGCGCGUUGCGAUCGUCCCCGAGUGCGAGCGACGCUUGGGUCGGAGGAAUCACCAAUCAUGAGACGUGUUUCGUUCCGAUCGCCAAUGCUCUCAUCGGCGCGCGGGCACUGGGCGCACGAGCGAUGCAGAAACCGGACGAUGAAAACAGUCUGAUGGAGAGAAUAGCGCAAACUACGAGAGAGUUAUACGAGCUGGCGCCUGCCGUGCGAGCCAUUUUCCCGGAUGAUCGGAAAGUUCCCCAGAGCGGGCAUCGUACGACGUCGUGA